AUGGCCUCACUUCCAGCUGGGAAUACCACCCAGCUAGACCAUAUCUGCUCACCAGUUCCUAUCGCCACCCAACUCAAGAUCGCAAAUGCUUUCUGGGCUGAUGUCACGCCAGCCAGCUAUAAACCAGCCUCUCUGCAACCUUACUCUGAAUACUACACCGAGCAAUGCAAGAUGGUAUAUUAUUCUCUUGGGGCCAACCUCCCAUUCUCGAAACAUGAGGGCAUCAUUCAGCUGGCCCAGGAGAUAAAGCAGGGCUUGACGCGACAGCAGGUUGUUCAGAGUGUCGAGGGCAGAUACCGGGGAAUCGUGUCAAAUGCGCAGCUUGACAAAGCCGAGAUCAUAAACGGGGCUGUAAACCUUGCCACCCGUCUGCUCCUGAUGGUUGACGUGGGGAAACCGGCGACGAACAGAAUGUGGACCGGGAGGGCUUUCAGGUCUUGGGACCAGGGCACGAUCCGUGAUUUCACAGCGAGCAUCUUCCCAGUGCAAGGGUCAAACCGGCACAACGGGAUUCAGCUCGACACCGACUUCAACGCCCGCAACCUAGACGCCAUCGGCGGACUCAAAGUCGAGCUCACCAACAACCUCCUCGACCACCUAAAGGUGAUCGACAUUGAAGGCGAGACUACUGUCAUGAUCUUCCACCACGCCUCCUUCCUCGAGAAUCAGGAGCACCCGCUGUUCCCGGACGGCUUCGUCCACGAGACGCUACAAACGCUCGCCCUGCUCUUCCCGCAGAACAAGUGGUACAAGAACAGCAAGGCAUGGUACCAUAAGCACUUCGAGUCCACCAUGGCAGACACGGACACCGGCGUGUUGUCGUGCGGGCCGUUGACUAUGACUGAUAUCGACGCGUACCAGUUCUGGGGCGAUAGGCUUGUACGGUUGAAGUUGGUGUUUGAUCAGGCGAAACCAAGGACACUACGCCAAUGGUGGAAUGAUAGGCGGGAGGGUACGCAGUGGUAUGCCUUGUGGGUUGUGGUUGGGUUCACGAUCUUCUUUGGGCUGGUGCAGAGUAUAGAAGGGGGAAUACAGGUUUAUAAGGCAUAUCAAGUUGAAGAGAACGGAAACGAUGCUUCUUUGAAUGCGCCCAAGUCCCCAUUUACCCGGGACACCCAUUCGCAGGCUCCUGAGUAUGCCCAGGUGUCGGCAAGGGAUGGCAGCCGAGAUCCACCGGCAAAUCAUCGAGAGCCGAGUGAAGCCGCUUGA